AUGUUUGAGACACCUGAACGGACUUUUGUCAUCAUGGAGAAGCUCCAUAGCGACAUGCUGGAGAUGAUUCUGUCCAACGAGAACGGACGUCUUCCUGAACGCACCACACGCUUCCUUGUUAUGCAGAUUUUGGAGGCUCUGCGCUACCUGCACAUGAGACACAUCGCUCACUGUGACCUUAAACCUGAAAACGUGCUGCUUGCCUCACCAGAUCCUUUUCCUCAGGUGAAACUGUGUGACUUUGGUUUUGCGCGGAUCAUCGGUGAGAAGUCUUUCCGGCGCUCGGUGGUGGGUACGCCGGCGUAUCUUGCCCCCGAGGUGAUCAGCAGCCAUGGCUAUCACCGCUCCCUGGACAUGUGGGCUGUAGGGGUGAUCCUGUAUGUCAGCCUGAGCGGCACGUUUCCCUUCAACGAGGAUGAAGACAUUCACCAGCAGAUCACUAACGCUGCCUUCAUGUACCCACGUCAUCUGUGGGCCCUCAUUUCUCUCGAGGCGGUGAGUUUGAUUAAUAACCUGCUGCAGGUGGUGGUGCGCCGCAGGUUCAGUGUGGGGAAAGCUAUGGGACACCCCUGGCUCCAGAACUUCCAACUGUGGUGUGACCUGCGUCAGUUUGAGCAGCGUCUGGGUUGCCGUUACCUCACUCAUGACUCGGAUGAUGAGCACUGGAGAUGCCACGCUCAGGAGAAAGGCCUCAGUCUCCCUCCACAUCUACAGACAGAGCAGGGACACUAACACACACGUACACUGGACACCUCAGUUUGAUCAGGAGACCUGUGGCGUGUGGACUGUACAGAAUCCAGUUACCCUGAUGUGAUGUACAUUUUAUGCACACUGACUAUUUUUAAUAAAAUGAUGCAAAACUCUGGAUUUGGGUUUUUAAUUUAUUGAUUUAAACAUACAGUAUACAGUAAGUGUAUAUAAAAUGUGUCACUUAUGCAAAGCACUAACAAGAUACAGAAGCCAUCAGGAAGUGUAGAAUUGUUACUUUUAAAGGUCUCAUUGCAUCGUUUUGUCAUUAAUUGUGUGGUGGUCUCUAGUAUGAAUGAAUGCCCUGUGAGCCGGUUUUGGUGAAAAAUGCUGUGGUUCUCCUGUUUCAGGCUGUUCUAGUUUGGUGGAGGAGCGGGUGGCGGGAGAACGACAGGAUUUCAGCUCUUACUCAUUAAUAUUCAUGACAUGUAAACGUGUUACCUCUGAUUGGCUAACAGCACUGUGACGCUACCUCCAGUGGGUCAGAACAAGCGGAUGUUGGUGUCUUUUUGUAAAAACUGUUUUGAUUGGCUAUUAUGGUCUCGACAUCGAUGUUUUGAUGAAUAACAAUGUAGAUAACACGAAUUUUACAUCACAUUCAACGAGAUUUAAACGAGACUAAAGAUGGCGACUUACAAAUAAUGUGUAAACAUCGUUGGAGUUUAUAAAGUUUGAACAGCAUGAAGGAACAUACCCCAACCCCCCGAAAUUAAUAAAAAAAAAAAUCUCAAUGGAUUUGGCAUAAUAUAAAAAGGUCGUUUUUUACUCAGAAAAAGUGGAAAACUCUCAUCCCUGCCUAGCUUGUGACCAUGUCAUGCAUGCUAACAUGGAGAAUAUGAACAUGCUAUUUUGUGACAAAAACCUUCGAACAAAAAGUUCAUGUUUUACUUACAGUACAGCUUGUGAGCUGGUGGUCGAUCAUCUUGACGGCACAGAUCCAGGUAUUAAAAACAACCUCGAAGCAAAACCACUACUGAAGGCACCGAAGUUUGAAAAGUCACUGUGGUUGAAAUGAUCAGAGCACAGUACAAACGUUGCAUUAUACUUCGCUGGUGGUGUUCCAAAGAUAAAUUCCAACCAUUUCUUCUUCAGCUCUUCUAUCUUGGGCAAGAAAUGCAACAUUGAUGUCUUACUGCCACAAAUAACACAGGCACGAACUUGUUCAGACAUGUUUUCAACUUGCUGUUAGGUCCUCUUCGUUAGCUACUGACGAGAUGGGCUCUGCUAUCUCUCCUCAUGCUUAAAUCCGAACUUUCUUCCCGUGGGCGGUCGAAAGCCAAGGUGGGCGAGGCCAUGAAUACUAAUUUUCGAAGUGACGCAAGUUCAUAGGGCUUUUUCAGAUUUGCUCGUUUUUCCGACUAUUUUCUUUCAUAAGCUGAUACAGGGAAUGGGAGUAGAAUUACGUUUUCGCAUGCAUAUGCAACUCGGAGUGAACUAUGGUAUUUCAAAAAGAGCCACUAUUAAACGUUUUUGGUGGAAGGGCACCUUUAAGACAAAUUACAGUCUGUGUGCUAAUACAUUAUAACAGACCUAAUUAACUUCAUUAUAUGGUCAAAAGUCUGAUUAUUACACCUGAUCAGUAUGCCCAUAUAUGCUUGUUGAACAUGUACUGAAC